UCGACGUCGCCGGUGUGUUCUGGGCCUGACAGAGAGCGGGAGAUGUCUGUGAUCGUUUCGGCUCUGACCGACGUCGUCACCGGCGGCACUGCUCAAUAUCAUCACCCUCCGGCUACAACCCCGCAGCGGUUUUGGGAUGCCGGGGUGGAAACGCAAUCUGCACCUUCAUCCUCUAAUUCGCCGGGAUAUUCAGGAGGGGAAUGCAGGGUGAUAAGAUCAAUGGGCAUGGCAGCAACAAGUGAAGCUGCGUCCUUUGUAUACAGCUGCGGCAGUAAUCAGAGCACAGAAGGUGGGGAUAGUGAUAUUAUUGAGACAUCAAGAAGCUACAGAGGAGUGAGACAAAGGCCGUGGGGGAAAUGGGCUGCCGAAAUCAGAGAUCCCUACAGAGCCGCCAGAGUGUGGCUCGGCACCUUCGACACCGCCGAGGACGCCGCCCAAGCCUAUGACCAAGCUGCCCUCACGUUCCGAGGAAGCAAAGCCAAACUCAAUUUCCCCGAGAACGUCGUCAGCCUUUUACCACCGCCUACAAGGGAACACUAAAAAUGAAACUUCUCUAAAUAAAACUAAAAAUGAUAAAGUUCAAAAUAGAACUAUCAUUGUUUUAUUUUUAAUCAAC